AUGGCCGCGCUCGGGAACCCUGCUCUCUGGGGCGUCUGCGGCCGGGGGUGGUCUCGGGCGAAGCUGGCUGGCCGGCUCCCCGGGCUUCGCAGCUCCUGGCCGAGGGGCCCGGUUGGUGUGCGGCCCUUGUCCCAAGAGAAGCCGGCAACGGAAACGCACUUCGGCUUUGAGACGGUGUCGGAGCAGGAGAAAGGAGGCAAAGUCUACCAGGUGUUUGAGAGUGUGGCCAAGAAGUAUGACGUGAUGAAUGACAUGAUGAGUCUUGGGAUCCAUCGUCUUUGGAAGGAUUUGCUGCUCUGGAGGAUGCACCCACUUCCUGGGACCCAGCUGCUCGACGUGGCUGGAGGCACAGGUGAUAUCGCAUUCCGGUUCCUGAAGUAUGUUCAGGCGCAGUAUAAGGGGAAGCAGAAGAAGCAGUUACGAGCCCAACAGAAUUUAUCCUGGGAAGAAAUUGCCCAAAAGUACCAGAAUGACGAGGACCCCCUGGGUGGUUCUCGUGUCAUGGUCUGUGACAUCAACAAGGAGAUGCUCAAGGUUGGAAAGCAGAAAGCCCAGGCUCAAGGCUACAAAACAGGCCUUGCCUGGGUAUUGGGAGAUGCUGAAGAACUGCCCUUUGAUGAUGCCAAGUUUGAUGUUUAUAGCAUUGCCUUUGGGAUCCGGAAUGUGACACACAUCGAUCGGGCACUCCAGGAAGCUCACCGGGUCCUAAAACCAGGAGGACGGUUUCUCUGUCUGGAGUUUAGCCAAGUGAACAAUCCCCUCAUAUCCAGGCUUUAUGAUCUCUAUAGCUUCCAGGUCAUUCCUGUCUUGGGAGAGGUCAUCGCAGGGGAUUGGAAGUCUUACCAAUACCUGGUAGAGAGUAUCCGGAAGUUCCCACCUCAGGAGGACUUCAAGGAAAUGAUAGAAGAUGCAGGUUUUCAGAAGGUGACAUAUGAAAGUCUAACAUCAGGCAUCGUGGCCAUUCAUUCUGGUUUCAAACUGUAACUCCUUUCUGGCCCUGGAGCAUGAACCAGUCACACCCUAUGUGCAACUGCAGGACAAUCCAGUCAAGGAGGCUAAGAGCAGAACAUUUCCUCCUAAGGAUGUGUGCCUUGAACUCAUGUUCUGAGUGACUAGUCUCAAGGUGGGAGCAACUUGUCACUUUCUGUAGCGUUCAUUAGGAACUGCUUUUGAUCAUUCCCAGGGAUUUUGGGUUUGUUUGCUCAAUUCCUGGUAACUUGUUGGCUGUGUGGUGUGUGGUUGAGAUCAACCCAACACUAGGUGCAAGGUGCAAAUGGCUAGUAGCAGGUCCGUCAGUGCUGCCUCAGAGAUGGGUCAUUUGAAAUGAUGGUUUGAACUGGGAAAACCCUUAUGAUUGUCCCCAAGUUAACCUUUCAUCCUAGGACUGACUGAAUCUGAGGCCAAGAGUGGAGAGGCCCAAGUCAGUGGGUGGUGAGAAUAAAAUUGUGUGAAUCAGUAAAUGAGUUUACAAUCCUGAA